GCUGUCUCACUCUCUGAUGGGUUUAAUAUUGACGUGUUGAACCCAGAGCCAUUCACAGGAAAUAAAGAGGACUUUUUUGGAUACAGACUGCUGCAAUAUCAGUCUGACAAGAUGAAACAAAUUAUCGUCAGCGCUCCAUUAGGCGCAAACAGAUCAGGAGCGAUUUUUAAAUGCACAGUGGAGAAGGGAAACUGCAUCCAUUUGUAUCAGCCAGACUUGAAGGAGAUCAGGUUCUUUGGGAUGUCGAUGGCAGUGAGGACGUCUCCAUCAGCCACGCUCACUAGUUGCAGCCCAAGUUUCUCUCAUGAGUGUGAUGGAAACUCAUAUUUGAACGGAAUCUGUUACCAGUUCAACAGCAAGCUGAACACCGUCACCAACAUCACCGCCGCUUUCCAAGAGUGCACGAAGAAUAAAGUGAACCUGGUCUUCCUUUUCGAUGGCUCCAGCAGCAUGCAAGCCUCCGACUUUGAUAAGAAUAAAAAAUUCAUAUGGGACAUUGUUACAACACUCAAAAACUCAUCCAUCGAGUUUGCUGCUGUUCAGUUUUCUAAGACAUUCAGUACAGUUUUCACCUUUAAAGAUUAUGUUAACGGCGUGGCGAAGAAGAAACUUGAUGAAGAAAAGCACAUGAAGUCACUCACGAACACACACAAGGCCGUUGACUUCACCCUUAAGAAUUUGUUUAAUAAUGUGGAGUCCGGUGCAGAUCCUGAGGCUACUAAAGCCCUGGUCAUCAUCACAGAUGGAAGUCCUUCUGAUAUAAACACUAACGAGAUACAGCGCUGUGAGAAACUCAACAUCGCUCGCUUUAUCAUCGGGGUGGGGAAAAUAGACAAUUUUGAGAAGCUGAAUAAACUUGCCUCAGAGCCGAAAGAGAGCAACAUCUUCAGGAUUGAAAACUACGAUGGACUAAAUGGACUUCUGGAUAAACUGCAAAAUAAGAUCUAUGGCAUCGAGGGAGCUCAGGGAAGGAACUAUAGAGAAGAGCUGUCUCAGAGUGGAUUCAGUGCUGCCAGUGACAAGGACACUCUCAUUCUGGGAGCUGUUGGAUCUGAUAAUUGGCGUGGAAUGCUGUAUGAGGUUACAGGAUCUGAAGCUGGGAUCAGUGAAAUGGAAAUCAAAGACGUAAACCUAAAUAAUGACUCGUACAAUGGUUACUCUGUUGUGGUUGGACGGAGAGACAGAGUUUCUCUUGUGUUCUCUGGAGCACCAAGAUCUAAUCACAGCGGUCAGGUGACUCUGUUUAAAAAGAUGACCCACAAAUGGGAAGCCAUGAGCAACAUCUCUGGAGAACAGAUCGGCUCGUAUUUCGGUGGAUCAGUGUGUGUGUUAGACCUGAACUCCGACAGCAACACUGACUUCCUCGUGGUUGGAGCUCCGCUGUAUUACAAACCUCAUCCUCAGAGAGAGGGACGGAUUUACAUCUACAGACUCACACAGCAGCUGAAGUUGGAGAAGGAGUUGGAGAUAAGUGAAUCAGCUCAGAGUCGGUUUGGGAUGACUCUAGCUGCUGUAGCAGAUCUGAAUGGAGACCAGCUGCAGGAUUUAGCUGUUGGAGCUCCACUGGAAGACAAUCAAAAAGGAGCCAUUUACAUUUACCUCGGCAACCAUGAACACGGCAUCCGCCCCAAGUACAGCCAGAGAAUUGCGGCAAGUUCCAUCUCUAAGCAGCUUCAGCAUUUCGGUUUGGCGAUCGAUGGUGUGAUGGACAUGGGACAGGAUGGUCUGACGGACAUUGCUGUUGGAGCACAAGGGAUCGUUUUACUCCUGAAAACUCGGCCGGUUGUGUCCAUAUCAGCGAAGCUCAGUUUCUCUCCCUCUGAAAUCAGCCUGAAUAAGUUCGACUGCCUGGGCAGCUCGGAAAAUGCAUUUGCCGUCAUUACUCUCAGCACCUGCUUCAGUAUGACAGAGAACACCAACAGCAAAGGGGCAGUGAAGAGUGGUCUGAACGUGUCGUUGGAGCUCAAUGCUGAUGCUGUGAGACAGGACAGUCGGGCGUUUUUCAUUAAGGAAGAGAAGACGUCCAGGAGUCUGGUGAUGUCUGUGCUGCUGAACUCAGAGUUUUCCUGUUACAACCAUACAGUCUAUAUGCACAGCUGUGUGAAGGACACAGUGUCUUCGGUGUUAUUCCGACUCAACUUCCACCAGUCUGAUCAUCAGCCGAACAGCUCCAACUCCAUACUCAACAUCGACAGCAAGACCACGGCUCAUGUAGAGGUUCCCUUUCAGAUUAACUGCAAAAACAGGAGCUGUGUAUCAGACCUGCAGCUGGACUUUAACUUCCUGAACAGCACAUUGCUGGUGGUGGACCAGGCAUCUUUUAUCAUCCAUGUGACUCUACUGAAUAAAGGAGAUGACUCGUUCAACACCAGUGUGGUUCUUUUCUACCCUCCUGGAUUAUCACUCUCGAUGUUCAAGACCAUUGAGUGGAACAGAAGGACUCUGAGCAGUUGUGGAGAUCGUGAUGAUGGAGCACUGAAUAAAACCACCUGCAGUAUCAGUUUACCGGUUUAUCGCAGAGACACGCGUGCCGUGUUUGAGGGUGUGUUCCGCAUCUCACACUCUUACAACUGGACUGACAGCAUGCAGAUGACACUUGUGGCCAGCAGUGAUAACAAUGGAAAUAAAAGUAACCCCACAGUGAUGAAGACUCUGCCUGUUCAGUUCAGUGUAGAUGUGGCCAUCAGCCCUGUUCCUGAGCUUUGUAAAACAUAUCUGAAUUUAUCUUUGGAAGAUAAAGGCCCAAAAAAUAUCACUCUUGUGUAUAAGGUGAGUAAUCUGGGACUAAAAGCUCUGCCUGUAGCAGUAAGCUUCCGGAUGCCUUCUCAGACAAACUUGCAUGAUCUGCACAAUCACACCAUCACUGUGUCUCAGAAUGUUACAGCCUGUAACAUCGUACCGCCUGAGAAACAUGCUGACUGUCCAUUUAAGCGGUGUGUGAACUUCAUGUGUCAUUCGUUCUCACUGGAUCCCCGGUCUGCUGUCCAGUUUGAGCUGAGGAUGCUCAUCAGCUUCCCUAAUAAACAACAAUACACAGGGAAAUUGUCUUUCAGUGAAUUUAGGAAGGAAGAUGAUUUUUCUGUCUUUGCUCAGCUGGACUAUGAUAAAAAGCUUUAUCAUCAGAUAUCCAGUGAGAACGACACGAGCAGAUUUCACCAGGCUAAGAUCAGUGUGAAAGCAGAGCUGGUCAUUCCUCCUGAUAUGAUUAUGAUCUGUGGAACAGGUGGAGGAGGUGGAUUUCUCCUGCUCAUCAUCAUCAUCAUAGUGCUGUUGAAGUGUGGUUUCUUUAAGCGUACACGUCAUGAAUUGUGUGAAGGAGGGAAUGAGAACAGUGCUGAAGAAGAAGAUGAAGUGUGCAGUGCUGAAACAAAUGGAAAGAUGGAAGAAUGUCCUUCCACAUCUGAAGAGAAACCGUUCAUCCCCGCUGGAGGAAACAAUGUUGUGUCAGAAAAUGGAGGGAGGGAGAAUGGAGAAAUGGAGAAAGGAGAAAGUGUGGAGUGAAAAGUCUUCACUGAUUGAGCUACUGAUUGUUUAUUAGCAUGAUUCAACUUCUUUAGCUUAGCUACAGUCCCCUCUGAAAAUAUUGGAACAGCAAGGCCAAUUCUUUCCUUUUUGUUAUACACUGAAGACAUUUGGGUUUGAGAUCAAAAUAUAUGAAGAUAUGAAUAUGAAGCGAUAGAUCAGAAUUUCAGCUUUCAUUUCCAUCUACAUUUACAUCUAGAUGUGUUAAACAUCUUUUUGGUGGCAGACCACCCAAUUUUUUGUGAACAAAAAUAUUGGACCAUGUGACUGACAGGUGUUUCUUGUUGCCCUGUUAGAUUGAUCAUUUAAACAAUUAAUAGCUCUGAAUGUCUACUCUUGGUUUGAGCCCUGGGUUUCAUCUGUGAAGACUGCAUUUGUUGUUAAAAAGGAUAAACCUACAUGAAAACCAGAGAGCUGUCUAUGGGAGAAAAGCAAGGCAUUUUGAAGCUGAGAAAAGAGGGAAAAUCUAUCAGAGCCAUUACACAAGCAUUGGGCUUAGCCAAAUACAACAAUUAGGAAUAUCCUGAAAAAGAAAGAAACGUUUACAGUUACAGUUAGAAGCCCAGUAGACACCCUUAUCCAGAGUGACAGUAUAGUAAGAAAAACACAGACAACACAAUAUUUUUUUAAAAUAAAGUACUAAUUUAUGUAUUCCAUGAACAGGUAGAUCUUUAGUCAUUGUUUGAAGUCUGCCAGUGACAUCUAGGAGAAAUUCAUUCUACCACUGAGGUGCCAGAACAGAGAAGAGUCUUGAUGACUGUAGAGUCUGAAUAGAGCAGUGCUAGAGGAUCAGAUGGAGCGUGGUGCAGUGCGGGGUGUGAUAAGUUCCUUGAGGUAAGUGGGUGCUGGUCCGUUUUUGGUUUUGUAGGCAAGCAUCAGUGUUUUAAAUCUUAUGUAGCAGCUACAGGAUGCCAGAGGAGGGAGCGUAGCAAUGGGGUGGUGUGGGAGAACUUGGGGAAGUUGAGAACAAGUCAUGAACAAAGCUCCAUUCUGGAUCAGUUGCAGAGGACGAAUGGCGCUCAGAGGCAGAGCUGCCAGGGGCGAGUUGCAGUAGUCCAGUCUCGAAAUGACAAGGGACUGAACAAGCACCUGAGUGGCCUGUGGGAAUAGAAAUGGACGAAUCCUUCUGAUGUUGUAAAGGAGAAAUCAGCUUGAGCAUGUCAGCUUAGCAGCGUGAAAGGAAAAAGACAGUUGAUUGUCCAUGGUUACCCCAAGGUGCGUGCAGUGACAGAAGGUGAGAUCAGACCUGCAAACCACUCAUCAGCAGUAAGAAUCAGAAAACCAGAUUGGAAUUCCAGAGAAUACGGAAAUGAGCCACAAACGUUCUGGAACCAAGAAUAACCUCUACCAAAGUGAUGGAAAGGCCAAAGUGUGGAGAAAGAAAGAACCUGCUCAUGAUCCAAAACAUACGAGCUCAUGGGUGGAGCUUGGUGGAGGUAGUGUCAUGGAUUGGGCUGCUUCUGGAACAGACUUACUAAUCUUUAUUGAUGAUGGAACUCAUGAUGAUAGCAGCAGAAUGCAAUGAAAAGAAGAGUGCAGCAGUUUGGUGAUGUCAUUGGGUCACUGGCUUAAUGCAGUUAUUGCAAGCAAGAGACAUGCAACCAAAUAUUAAGUGUUAUUUACUUUAAUUUACUUUAGGACUAUCUGUUCCUAUAUUUUUGCUCACAAAUAAUUGAGUGGUCUGCUACACAACUGCUACCCAGUGCUGUUCUAAGUUGUUUAACACGUCUAGAUAUAAAUAUGCGGAAAUGAAAGCUGAUAUUCUGAUCUAUCGACUCACAUUUAUCUUUUGAUCUCAAACCCAAAUGUCUUCAGUGUAGAGCAAAAACAAUAGAGUUGGCCUUGUGUUCCAGUACUUUCAGUGGGGACUGUAUAAUGCUGUAUUUGUAACUCUGUGAUUCAUUUAUCAUUGCAGUAUAUUUACUUUUGUAUAAGAGCUUAUCAGCAAAAAUAUCUUAUCUUUUAUUCACUGCAUCAAUUAAUUAAUUGACUUAGGUAUAUUUACUCAUCUAUUAUUCAUAUAUAUUUACUCACUCAUCAGAUGCAGUGAAUGUGCAGUGUUUAAAUUUACAAUCCCAGAACUAUGAUGAUGAAUAGUCACUAUAUCAGAACUUCAGAACCUCAGAGGAGAUAUAAUAAUGUGUCUGUAUGAGUGUUUUUAUUGCGAGGGUUAGGAGGCUCCAAUAUGGUGGUUAUCAGUGUUUUACAACAAAAUAUUAGAGAAAAACAAAUUUUUGGAUAUAAGAUUAUUUCAGUUUAAUAAAAUUGUUUAUAAAAUAAUAGAGUGUAUAUAGAGUGCUUAUAAAAUUAUUUUAAGGAAACAAGGAAAUUUUCUAAUAGUGAAGAAUUUGAAUUAUUUUAAAGUCUUUUAAACCUCUGACUGGGCAGAUACAGAGAGUGACCACUAGAUGGUGGUGGUCAUCUAAUUUUCCCAGACAGAAACUGCUGGAAGAAAUUAUUAACUCCUGUAAGUUAGAUCAGAAAGUUGCAGUGCAUCAUGGGUAAAAGUUCAUGUCACCUUGUCACCAUGUCAACUUAAUACUCAGACCACCAAUUAAAGAUACUGUAAUAAUAACCAGAAAUACCAUACUUAUUACUUAAAUAAAAACCUGGAUAAAAGUUUACUAAA